CACUUUCCUUUCUUUAUUCCUUUAUCUCUCUCUCCACUUUGUAUUUUCCACAAACAAAAACUCCACAGCCCUAAUAAUUAUCUCUAAAUUCCCCUAAAUAUCAUUUAGGGUUUCGAAAAUCAAAUUCGUUGAUCACUAAUCCAGUCAAAAUUAAUCCUUUAGACAACUGUCAAGUAAAUUGUUCAGUCAACUAAUUUACAGUAAAAAAGGUCAGGUUUUUUAUGAGGCUCCGUGGCUCGUGAGAAGUGGAAUAUACUAGCCUGCCAGGUUCUGUCACUAAUUGUUGUAGUAAACUGGAGCGCAUUUCACUAUGUCGGGAUUCAAUCGCAAUGGAAUUAAUUUGAUCAACUGCUUCUUUCAUUUUUCUGAAUGGCAUCCAAUUGAGUAGCAAAAUUGACGGGGGCUUGAAGCCCAUUUCCUUUUUUUAAGGUGUUGGGAUCAAAUUGUUUUCGGGUUGUAUAGUGUAGUCAUUACAACAAUUCUGUAGUUUCUGAUGUUUGGUAAGGGGCGUUCUGUUGCCAAAGGGACAGAAAUGGGGUGCUGUGGGUGUUUUGGAUUCUGUUUUGCAAGAAAACACAAAAGAGUGGGAAGGCCCAAUUUGGGAUUGAGAAGUAACUGUUCUCAGGAGUCUUUGUUAUAUGAUGAGGGGGAGGAGGAAGAUGGUUACAAUGGUGAUGUUACUGAUACUGGUAAUGGGGAUGACGGUGAGUUUCGCAUCCCAGUCAAAUGCUCUGAAGAGAUUCUCAUGUACAGAGCUCAAAAUGGGUUGGUUUGCAGGGAGAUCCCUGUCAAGGAAACCCACAAAGUUGUACGGGAUGAGGAUGAAGAUGGGAACAAGAUGGUUAAUGAGUAUGUACGCGAAUUUAAGAUUGGGUCUGGUAGCUAUGGAAAAGUGGUUCUAUAUAGGAGCCGUACUGACGGAAAACGUUAUGCCCUAAAGGCCUUCCGCAAGUCUCAUUUAUUAAAGUUGCGAGUGGCACCUUCAGAAACUGCAAUGUCGGAUGUUCUCCGUGAGGUUUUAAUCAUGAAAAUGCUGAGCCAUCCCAAUAUAGUUAAUCUUAUAGAGGUGAUUGAUGAUCCAACAACAGAUCACUUUUACAUGGUCCUUGAAUAUGUGGAAGGAAAAUGGGUUUGUGAGGGUGCUGGUCCAGCCGGUGGUCUUGGAGAAAAUAAGGCACGGACAUACUUGCGUGACACAGUGUCCGGCUUGAUGUAUCUACAUUCUCAUAAUAUAAUCCAUGGGGAUAUUAAGCCAGAAAAUCUUUUAGUUACGGCCUCUGGCAGGGUGAAGAUUUGUGAUUUCAGCGUCAGCCAAGCUUUUGAGGAUGAUAAUGAUGAGCUUAGGCGCUCUCCAGGCACUCCUGUUUUUACUGCUCCUGAGUGCUGCCUAGGACUAACAUAUCAUGGAAAAGCUGCUGAUACAUGGGCAGUUGGUGUCACCCUUUACUGCAUGGUGUUAGGAAAGUACCCAUUUCUAGGAGAAACACUCCAGGACACAUAUGACAAGAUAGUAAAUAACCUCCUCUCUCUCCCUGAUGGUAUGGAUCCCCUGCUGAAAACUUUGCUUGAGGGACUUCUCUGCAAAGAUCCAGCACAAAGGAUGACUCUCCAGAGUGUUUCUGAGCAUGAAUGGGUUGUUGGUGACGAAGGUCCGAUCCCUCGGCAUUUAUGUUGGUGCCAGCGCCAAAAAUUACGGAAGGAAGUAUCAGAUGGAAAUGUGGAGGAUACUUUCACUUGAUACUCUAAACAGAAAGAUGUCCUGUGACUUCAAUUAAUUUUCUGUAUCUACUUUUUAAGUUAAUGAGUUAUGGAAUGGUAGCUAGAAUACUGUUAUACAGGCAAAAGAAUAUAGGACAGUAUAAUGUUACCUUCUCAAAAAAAAAAAAAAAAAAAAAAAAAAAAAGAA